AUGAAAACCUCAAGGAAAUCCAAGGUGAUCAAAGUCUCACCAGUGGCUAAUUCAAGGAAGGAAGAAGAAUUUCUCCGAAAACCCCCUAACAUGGAUGAUUUUGCCUUAAAAACCCUUAAAACCCUCAAAACCAGUAAAACCCGGCGCUCAUCAACCGAGAUCCGAGAACGAAACCGAGAACGUGAACGUUACGAACGUUGUCGAAGCCGGUUACCGACCGGUUCCAUCAGCAGCAGCAGCGGCAGCGGCAGCGUAACUGCGCUCCCGCUUGCGUAUGCGCUGAACGAUUCGCUGAACAACGUUGAGUAA